CUUGUCUCUGCUUCAACUCUUUUUUCUUUUUGUCACACAGCCAUGGCAGAGGUCAAGCAAAAGACCAGUGCCGUGCACUCGCUGCUGGCAGGAACAAUCGCAGGUGCAGUGGAAGGCGCCAUCACAUACCCCACGGAGCUGGUCAAAACAAAAAUGCAGUUGCAAGGCUCGAAGCAAUAUGCGCUGCAGGGCGGUCACAUCUACAAGGGCCCCAUCGACUGUGUCAAGACAACAGUCCGCACUCAGGGCAUCACCGCGCUCUACCGCGGCCUGGCCCCGAUGCUUAUCGGAAAUGCAGCCAAAGCCGGCGUCCGGUUCCUCACCUACGACUCGAUAAAGGCCAAGCUGCGUGACGAGAAUGGGAAAUUAACGACCCCGCGGAUGAUGCUCGCCGGCAUGUGUGCAGGGAUCGUCGAAGGAGGCAGCGUGGUGGCGCCAACGGAGACGAUAAAGACCAGACUUAUCAAUGACCAGUGUAUGCCCAAGCCCGUGUACAGAGGUGCGGUGGACUGUGUUCAGACGAUUGUGAGGACAGAGGGCGUCGCCGGAAUAUACCGGGGGGUUGUGCCCGUGAUGGCCCGACAGGGCGCCAACUCGUGUGUACGGUUCGCUGCGUACGACACACUGAAGCAGCAGCUAAUUAAACGGACCGGGUCCAAGGAUCUGCCGUUUGUCUACUCGUUUGGACUCGGGAUGGCUGCUGGUACCAUCACCGUGUAUGCAACCAUGCCACUGGACGUUGUAAAGACACGGAUGCAGAGCAUGGCAGCCAAGCUUGAGUAUCGCAGCUCGCUGCACUGCGGCUGGAAGGUUGUCACUGAGGAGGGCGUCUUUGCGCUGUGGAAGGGCGCAACCCCUCGGCUGUCACGCCUAAUGUUCUCGGGUGCAAUUGUGUUUGCCGUGUAUGAGGAGGUCAUGAAGAUUCUUCAAUAA